GGAGGCGCCGUUGCCGCGGCAACGCCCCGCACAUCCUUGGGGCCCGGGUUGCUGCGCUCGGUCCCGCUGCUGCGCCCUCCUGCCUGUGCCUGGUGCAGUCCUGGUGUGUGCCCACACCGUCUGGGCCCGCCAUGCCUGGGUGAGCCAACACAGGAUGAAAUUGAGGAACUGCGUGCAGAGAUGCUGGAGAUGAGAGAUGUCUACAUGGAGGAGGAUGUCUACCAGCUGCAAGAGCUUCGGCAGCAGCUGGACCAAGCCAGCAAGACCUGUCGCAUCCUGCAGUAUCGGCUGCGUAAAGCGGAGCGCCGGAGCCUGCGCGUGGCACAGACUGGGCAGGUGGACGGGGAGCUCAUACACAGUCUCGAGCAGGAUGUCAAGGUAGCCAAGGACAUCUCUGUGCGACUCCACAAUGAGCUGGAGGCAGUAGAGAAGAAGAGGAUCAAGCUGGAGGAGGAGAAUGAGGAUCUCCGCCAGAAGCUCAUUGAAACAGAGCUGUCCAAGCAGGUGCUGCAGAAUGAGAUGGACAAACUGCGUGAGAAUUCCUUGAAGAAAAGGGGAUCUCGUUCUAUUGGGAAGAUUGAAAAGAAGCCAUCAGUUCAGGAGGACAGCGCAGAUUUAAAGUGUCAACUGCAUUUUGCAAAAGAGGAGUCAGCUUUGAUGUGUAAGAAGCUGACAAAGUUAGCCAAAGAGAACGACAGCAUGAAGGAGGAGUUGGUGAAAUACAGGUCCCUGUAUGGGGACCUCGACAGCUCUUUGUCCAUCGAGGAACUGGCUGACUCUCCUCAUUCAAGAGAGGCAGAGCUAAAAGUUCAUCUGAAGCUUGUAGAGGAAGAAGCCAACAUCUUGAGUCGGAGGAUAGUUGAGCUUGAGGUUGAAAACCGAGGGUUGAGGGCAGAGAUGGAUGACAUGAAGGGACAAGGAGACAAAGAGCUGAUGGGGCAAGACAUCCGGUAUGCUUUCUCCUCCACAAACUGUGGGGACUCUGGGGAGAACCUUGUGGAGCUGAGGCGACACCUGCAGUUUGUGGAGGAGGAGGCAGAGCUUUUGCGGAGGUCAUUGAUGGAGCUAGAGGAUCAAAACAAGCUCCUCAUGAAUGAGCUGAACAAGUACAAAUCAGACCAUGACUUGGACAUCACCCUGUCAGAGGACAGCUGCUCAGUGAUCAGUGAGCCAUCCCAAGAGGAGCUGGCCACAGCCAAGGUUCAGAUCAGUGAACUCAGUGGCAAAGUGAAGAAGCUUCAAUAUGAGAACCGAGUGCUGCUGUCCAACCUGCAGCGCUGUGACCUGGCGUCCUGCCAGACAAUGAGGUUGAUGAUGGAGACUGACGCUGAGGCUGGUGACUCUGCACAGUGUGUCCCAACCCCUCUCUGGAGAGAGGUGCCUAUUGGAGGAGAGAAUGAUUGUAAGGACCACCAGGAGAGAGUGCCUGGCAGUGGGACUGGGAAGUCUCAGGACAACAGCCCCACUAAGCUCUUUAAAUCCAAGGGCUUUGAGACUCUCCUUGGUGUUCGGGAUCAGGCUGUGCUUGUCAGCAAAGCAAUUGAUGUCCUGAUUUCAGAUGCUAAUGGCUUCACCUCCAGUCUCAAAGUGUGUCUGGACAACGACUGUGCAGAGCUGGUGCUAAAUGAGGCAAUGGAUAACAACAGCGAAAGUAUGAAUGACUCCAAGCUAAUUAAUGUGCUGUUCAUGAGGCUCAGUGUCCUGCAGCAAGAGCUGAACUCCUUCAUGAGGAAAGUGGAUCAUGUUGGGGACUGCCUGAAGGAACAGGCAGAGUCUUUCUCCUUUCUACCCAGCUCCGGCUCUCAGGACUCCACCAAAGAAGCUUUGUGGAAAGAGCACAGCUCCAACUUCCAGCAGCCUGACUUUAGGGAGCCCCCGGAGUGGGAUGGAGGGGGGAGUCGGCACUCCGACCAUUACCGCAGCAGCAACACCAAGGAUCUGGACCCCGACAUAGAACACCCCCAGAACUACAAACCGUACAGACCAGAUGAGAGUGAAUCCUACAUGACAGAGAUCAAGGAACUUCAGCUAGUGCUGUCUGAAGCCAAUGAGAGCCUGCAAGGCCUUCAGGAGCAGCUCUCCCAGGAACGGCAACUAAGGAAGGAUGAAGUGGAAAACUUCUCUCAGAAGAUCUGCCAGCUAAAAGAAGACCACCAGAAGGCUCUCCUGAGGCGAGAGUUUGAGUUGCAGAGCCUGAACCUCCAGAGGCGCUUGGAGCAGAAAUUCUGGAGCCAGGAGAAGAACCUCCUGGUGCAGGAGUCCCAGCAGUUCAAACAGAACUUCCUGCUGCUCUUCAUGAAGCUGAAGUGGUUCCUCAAGCGCUGGAGACAAGGAAAGAUCCUGCACAGUGAGGGUGAUAACUUCUUAGAGGUGAACAGCAUGAAGGAGUUGUACCUGCUGAUUGAGGAAGAGGAGCUCACUCCACAGCAGCAAGCAGAUAACAAGGUGUUUGCUGGAGAUGCCUGGACUCUGAACACGCCCAAUGAAUACAUCAAGACCUUGGGAGACAUGAAGGUGAUCCUGAAGGAGCUGUGCACGGAGCUGCGCGAAGAGAGGCAGGGCAUGAACGAGCUGCAGCAGCAGUUUGCUAAGGCAAAGGCUGCCUGGGAGAUGGAGCGAACCGAGCUCAAGUGCCACAUCACCCAACUGGAGUCCAAGGCAGGGAAAGGUGUCCCUGAGAGGACACUCCCUGACUGGAAAGUGGCCCUGAAAAGGGAGCGAGAAGAACAUCAACACCUCCUGGCUGAGUCCUACAGUGCUGUCAUGGACCUGACCAAACAGUUGCAAAUCAGUGAGAAGAACUGGAAUCAGGAGAAACUGGAGCUACUGGGCCGGUUCAAGGAUGAGCAGCAGCAGGCAGAGCAGCAAGUGAAGGAGCUGCAGAAUAAAAUCAACCAGCUGCAGAAGGGAGCUGACCGGUGGGCUCUGAAACACUCUGAAAUGGAGAAGCACAGCAGCAACUGGAAAGAGGCUCUUAAUGAAAAAAUCACUGACAAAGAGAACAUUUCCGAAAUGGAUGCCAAAGGAACCAACUUAAAAAGGACAAAAUCUGUUUCCUCUAUGUCAGAGUUUGAAAGCCUGCUUGACUGUUCUCCCUACCUUCCUGGCAAGACCACCCCUGUGAUUUCUGACCACACUCGAGGCAAGAAGGUGUCUCCAGCUGCACAGCUCAUGCCUAAUGGCAUAGCAGAUACCACAGGAGUUAAAGCCAAAAAAUGUACAUAUGUGAAUACUGAGCAAUCCAACCCCGAUAGCCUGGUGAAAGACAAGUGGAGCAUCUCCUCAUGGGACUACUCCCAGGCAAACAACCUCUCUGGGCAAGAUCCAGCCCAAAAACAGAUGCAGAGAAGCUACACAGCGCCAGACAAGACUGGGAUCCGCAUCUAUUACAGCCCUCCUGUUGUUCGAAGGCUAGAAGCACCACUAGUCCAAAACAAAGAGGGGAAGAUCAUGAUUGAGCCUGGCUUCCUGUUUACAAUGGCCAAGCCCAAGGAGCUGGAAGAAUCGGACAGCUCUGACAACAUGUACAGUAGCUGGCUGUGUAACUUCUCCAAGCAGCACCGUGAGCUGCUGGACAGCACCCCUGUUGAGAACACUGUGCCCCCAGUGCCCCGGUUCCCAUCCUCCCUGCAUGAUUUGGAGAUAUCUGGCAACAUGAGCGAUGACAUGAAGGAAAUCACCAACUGUGUCCGGCAGGCCAUUCGCUCCAGUUCACUGGAGAGAAAGGUGAAGAGUACCUCCAGCCAAACGGUGGGCCUGACGACCACUGGGACCCAGACCAUUCAGACAGUGAGUGUUGGUCUGCAGACAGACAUGUCCAGGGGCAGCAUCCACAGCAAGAGCUGGUCCCCACGCAGCUCCUCCCUAAUGUCUGUGCGCAGUAAACAGAUCUCUUCAUCUUUGGACAAAGUCCACUCCAGGAUCGAGCGUCCCUGUUGCUCCCCCAAGUAUGGCUCCCCAAAGCUGCAGAGAAGGUCUUCCUCUAAACUUGACAGUACCAAGGACAGAAGCCUGUGGAACCUUCAUCAGAGUAAGCAAAAUGGGUCAGCCUGGGCUAGAUCCACAACCACUAGAGACAGCCCAGUCCUCAGUAACAUCAAUGAUGGCCUGUCCAGCUUGUUCAGUGUUGUGGAGCAUGCUGGAAGUACAGAAUCCAUCUGGAAAACAGGGUGCCCAGAGAACAAAGCAAAGCCAGAAGCCCCCAGAUACGGUAUAGUGCAGGAGUUCUUCAGGAAUGUAUGUGGCAGGGUGCAGAGCCCCACAACUGCCACUGAGAAGAAGGAAGCAGCAGGGGAUGAUGGCAACAGAAAACUGGACCACUCUUUUCCAGCCACGUACCACCAAUCUGAAAAUGUUUCCAGGCUCCUAAAUAAGAAAACUCUGAAGCAAAGCAGUAGCGAUGAACUGAAGCCACCUUCCCCAGGCCAAGGAGGCAAAGACGGGGGCUGCAGGGAUCUGGACAUCAUUUCUGCUAUAGUCAGUGAGGACACAGCAUGUGACUGCAGCUCCCAGUCCCUCACUUCUUGCUUUGCCCGGCCAUCCCGCUCCACUGUUCGUCACUCCCCUUCCAAGUGCAAACUGCAUCCUUCAGAGUCCAGCCGAGCAGAAGAGAAGGCAGGGCCCCUGAGUGAGUGAGGACAGUGGGGCUGUGCAGUAUGUCUGCUUUCAACUGUCCUGAUGAAAGAGCGCGCUUCCUGACUCUGCCAGCUCCUCUGCAGCCAGUGGGACUGAUUGUACCCUGGGAAAGCUGAGCAGGGGGCCCAGGGGCCCCUCUCUGAGACACAGGCACAGAUCCAUCUGUCUCCUAACUGUCCCCUAAUCAAGGGGAUGCUUAAGAAGCAGAUGCUGCACUAGAGUGAGGAGGAUGAGGCUCCCAGCAAUACGUGUGGACUUGUUCCAGGGGACUGCAGGGAAGCCCCGCUGGGGUGGGUGGCUCCUUUCAUUGAGGAAGUAACCUGCAAACAUCAUGGCUCCUGCCAGUAGGAGGACAGUCUCCAGGAGAGAGAGGAGCCCCCAGAGCCUGAUGUGGAAUCACUGUGCCAUCUCCAUAGCCCUUCAGGCUCCUCAGAGACUUGCUCCCUGAGGGUCCCCACUUUGGGCCAAUGCAGCUCCUUCCCUGGCAGUGGUCUGUUGCCUUGAGAGGAAGAAUGAAGAGAUGGGCCUCACCUGAUCUGGGCUGUUGGCUCAGACAGCUGCAGUCCUGCAAUGGCCUCUGCAAAGACCCUCUGGCGCCAGGGACUUCUGGGAUCUAUGCUGCUGCCGUUUUUGCUCAUACCAGUCCUGGAGAGGGGUUGCUGCUGGGAGAGCAGAUUGGUCAGCACCCAGAGACAGUGCCACAGUAAUGCUGAUGAUGCUGUUCACAGACAGGGCUGUGGGGAGGGUGGGGGGAACUGUGGGCUCACGGUAUAAAGCCUAUUGAAGCUGUUGUCUGUGUCAUCUCCCAUCCCAGUGCAACUGAAACAGGCACUCAGGGAGCUCUGUCUUCAGAGAGUGCCCCCUUCAGAGAGUCUGUCACCGGCACCCCCCUUAACAGACACCUGCAGACAGUGCCACAUCCUCCUUUCCUGCUGCAUGCGGGGACUGCUUAGCACAUCCCAGCUGGAUUUGGAUUGCAGCUCUGUUGCAUGACCCUUUGCAGCAGGUGCCUGCUCCUGUGCUGGAAAGCUGCAGAGAGAGGAGGAUCCCAGGGUUCAUGGAGAGGGCAUGUUCAGGUCCUUGUCACCAAAACAAUACUGGAUUCCUUCUCCCUCCCCUACCCCAUGGAACAGAAAGGCUGCUACACAAAACAGCAGCCAGCUCUGCCCCCCUGGGGUGCUCCAAGUGAAAGCUCUUGGGCUUACCAACAGAGUGCAAAUCUGCAUCAGGACUGCAGCUGCUGCCUUGGCCUCUGGCCACCUUUGGGGAUUUUGGCUGCAGAAGCUCUGCAACCACCUGACUUCUGAAAGCCUGACCCCAAGAUAUGCAACUAAAUGCAGGGGGGAGAGAAGCUGGGCCAAUCAGAAGAUGGACAUCUAGGCAGCCGUAAAUACAGAGCUUGGGUAGCCUUCUUUAUACUGUACUUGAAGUGCUAGGUACAAGGUGUUGACAUGCUGGCACUUGGAUGAGCUAUGAAUAUCUUUUGGGCUCCUUUCUCUCCCUGCCAUGCCUUCGGUGAGGCAGUGCUGCACCCCACCAUUGUUUCAAUUUCAGAGGGGUUUUACUUAGUGCUACUCCAACAGCUGUUCAUGCGAAUAACAGCUCCUGAAAGGUUCCAGUUCCUGUCAGAGGUGUUCAGCUCCCCAGGACAGUUGCCUUGGCUGUGCUCCAGGAGACUCUUUUAGUUUCUAAUUUAUCACUGAUACUUAUUGGUACGCUGUUCACGAUGCAAUUUGUAGAGGUCUUAAGGGGUCACUUAUUAGUGUGCUUGGCCUGUUCUUAGCCUGCAGCUUGUUAUUUUUGUGUCCAAAAAAGGCAGGAAUGUUUGAUCUGACAUGCUGGGAGCAAGUGUGUGCAUGAUGUGUCACUAAAGGGGCAGAUGCUUUUGGUGCCACAGCCAGAACUCAGUCAGGCAUUCCCUGAACAGUAUGGGUGCCUAGAUGUAAUUCAAGUUGAAGCAACUGCUGAAGGACCCAUACUUCUGCCCAGCAGGUACUGAGCACAGCACACACUUCUCCCCCAUGGGCUCUUUCACUCAUUUCCUGAUCAGCACCUCCUUUGUCUGUAAAGCUGGCUGUACUCUUGACCACAUCCCCCCCCUUGUGGGGGCUGGGUUUACUCCACUUGCCUAUUGCCUUCUGGUCCCUAAUGCUGAUCAGAUACCACAGUGGUGAGUGGGGGUAUUAAGAUUUAGGGUGGUAGUUAUAGACCAGGGGGGCUAGUCCAGACAGAGGGAAUCCAUUGGCUUUGUGCCAGUGCAGUUACUACACAAGGGUCACUGGGUAGUGCCUUGGUGUAAUCAACCCUGGCCUUGAGCUAAGCAUGUAGUGAGCACAGUCACUAUGGGAGCCAUCAGCCUGACAGAUGGCUCAGUGGUAUCUGUCCAGCUAUCAGCCUGACCACUGUGGCCUGUGCUAACAGGGGUCAAGCACCAAGUCUGUUCUUAAGCUCCUGGCCAAGCAGCUCCUGAUUUUGCUGCACUUAAUGUGGUACCAAGUUAAGCUCACUGCAAGGCUGUGGCUUGGGGAGCACUCAAGCCACACCCCGUUAGCAAGCUGUAAUUUAAAAUCCCAAAGCCUUAUAGGUGGCGGUAAUGGCAGGUGCUGUGCCAGGCCUAGGCUCAUUUGUCACCGGGGGCAGUGAAAGCAAAUGGGUCACAGCACAGAGAACUACAGGGAGCUUCUCUCUGCCUAUCCCUCUCUGAGAGCUCCAGAACCAGUAGCAUUUUACACCCACUUUGCACAGGUUUGAGUGAGUCCCUGAAGGAUGAGUCAGGGAUAAUCUAGACUUGUUUGAUGCUCUCACCAGCCUUCACUAGGCAUGUCUGUCCCCUGGGCAGAGGCAGGGUUUCACCACAGAGCUGUUCCCACCCUCCCUGGCAGACUGGUAUCAGCCUGUGAAGAUCCCAGUGAUUCUGGAGAAGCACUUUCUGGUCAUGGAAGGAGGCUGCAGCUCAACUAUUCACUUCUUGCACAACAGGCUGCCUUGCUGGGUGCAGGUAAGGGAAACAGAAGAAGCCUUUCCAUUUCCCUUCCACCUCAGCACCAGCAGUCACAGUGCCACUAGCAUGCCAUGAAGCCCAGACCUGCCAGCCUGCCUCCCUAUGCUGUUUAAUAUUGCAGCGGAGUCCAUCUCCAGGUAUCUUUAACUGCUGCUCCUUGAUUGGGACAUUCCAAGCUGCAGCCUCCAUGUACAACAUGCUAGUGCUGGAGAUACCCACUGUAAGAUAGGGCUGGGCUGUUCCUCAGUGCUCCAGUACCAGUGAUGUACCACAGGCAAAGCUCCUUGUCACCUUAAUUCAGAUGUGUGGUGCUCAUAAGUCAGCUCCUGAAUUCUGACCAUGUGAGCAUCUAAGGAAAGCUGCCAAAUUUAUCACCCCAUUCCCCCAGCAUUACAAAGCUAUUCUGGUAAAAACACACAAACAAGUCACUGAGGUGUGCAGCAGCUACAGCAGUGGGGGCCAACCAUGGCAGGCAUGCUGCAAACUAGCCUGGCACUUACCCAAAUGCCACUCUGAUCCCCUCCCUCUGCCUGAUGUGUUGCUCUUCUUUCUGCUCUCUGCUCUGUGCUUCAUGCCUGCUUUGCUUUUUGCUCCAUGCCUUAUCUGCUGUUGUGCUGCUGGCCCCUUCCCCAGUCUGCUGCAUGUCACACACAAGCUACCCAUGUCACUUGUGGCACACAUGCCACAGGUUGGCAUCCCCUGAGCUAGAACAUGAAUUUAUAGCACAUCAGCUAUGCCAUAGUAACUGCCUGGCAGUAAUUGUGAGGUAGCUGACACCAGCACACACUAAGAUCAUAGCCUCAUAGUGACUUGUGCAUAUGACCACACCCUUAUUUAAAAUGAAUGUGGAGAGAUGGCUUUCAACAAACCCUGUUUGCUGGCAACCUCUCUUCAAACAAAUAUAUAGGCAAGUUAAAAUUUCUCCACAGGGACACUUCUGAUACCCUUUAGCUCCCCCAUGGCAUGUCCCAGCCUUUUCCCUGAAUUCAGUCUGCUGAGGUUAGGAAAGCCCAGUAGAUAUCCCUGGGCAUGUGGUUCUGGCUGACAGAGGAAUUGGCCGAGAGAGAGAGAUGCCCUUUUUCCUGGCAGUGCUUAGACUAGCCCAAGCCCUACUCAGCUGGACAUGUGAAGACAGCUGACUUAAUCAGACUUGAAUUCCAGGUGUUUUGCUGUACUGGGACCCUACUUUCCCUCCAGCCCCCAUUACCUUUCCUUUAAUGAGCACCAGCCUCCACUCUUUUGUCUCUGAAGUCUGUUUCUUGUUCAUUUUAUCAGCACAGUUCUUGGCACAGUCUGUUAAUUUUGGCUUUCCACCAAGGUUGCAGGGAACGUAGAGGGAGACACUGCAUAUGGGGUGAAUUGUUAUGAUAUGAAUGUAAGCAGUACGUUCAUAGAGGAUGGGGCUGGGCUCGAUGUGUGGCUGCUGCUGCCUCAUCCUCUGCAAGUGGCGCUGGGCUCGGCACUUAGCUGGUGUGGCUCCAUCGUCUGUGAGCAGCGCUGGCAUGGCCCAGGCAGCACCGCUUGCAGGAGAUGGGACUGUGCCACCUGAGCGGUGAGCCCAACCCGGUGCCUGAUUUUUUUUUUUUUGAUGUGGCACAGUGUAUAAGUAGAAAUUGAUUUUUAAGACCCAAAAAUUGGGCUUCAAAACCUGACUUAAACACCAUGUAAUAUGGUACUUGCUUAUUAAAGUGUCUUAAGGAUAUCCCUUAUUUUUUGGUUUGCCCUGAGGGCCUGUGCUAAACAUGAGGUGGGGUGGGGGCAAAUCACUCUGAGUUUUUUAAGAUGAAGGACUUUAAAAAAAAUAAUGCAAUUAGCUAAUUUGGGGAGAUGGAUGCUAAAAUAAAAACACCAAUUGGAUUAAGAGAUUGCAGGUUCUGAGGGCUGACACUUAAAUCCUGCAGCCUGCUAGUGAGCAGAAUUUGGAAAUGGAGGGGGAGGAGAUGGCAGGAUAGAAAGCAAGAUGUCCAUGGUAGUUCAGAGAUCCACCUCAGCCCAGGAGAGCUUUAGCACAUUAUUAAGUCACACUGCUAAUGCUGACAGAUUUCUCAUUCUAAAAAUACAACACCAGCUGCCUUAUGUGCUAAUGAAGCCCAAUUACCUGUCUGCUGCCUUCUAGGGCACUUUCUUCAAUGUGCACUGCUUGGAAAAAGGGUAGAAACCAUCUUCUGUUGCCAGGUAGAGAUUAUUGGAUUUAAUGCAAAGAGUAGAUUAGUAGUUGUAGGAGGUGGAGACCAAACCUGUGGAAAUGACCCCACUCAGAACCUGCAUCCUCAUGUGUUACAGCCCCACACUCUAGGGGCUGGAGAGCAAUUAUCAGUAGAUGUCUUCAACUGCCUACUCCCAUGGGGUGUGAAUUGUUCCCCUGCUUGCUACUCCACAUGGUUCUGUUCACUGAGAGUCCUUGUACAUGAAGCUGCUACCCCUUCUCCCUCCUGGCUUUGCUGCAACCACAGGCAGGCAGGGUGCAUGCUACACCAUAGCCAUGUCUUGUCCUCCGGCAACGUGUGUGUUACUGUGUGCCUCCCUUACCAUUAGAAUACACAAAAGAUUCAGUGUGGUUUCUACUUGAGUGAUUCCUGCUGUCGCCUUCUGUUGACAUAUCCAGAGAGUGUCUGGGCAUGUCCUCACCGGAGGAGCAGAACACAAAGUAGGCAGCUUAUUGUUCACCCUACUCAGUAAGCCAAAACUGUUGGAGCCCAGUUUUCAUGUGACCCUUGCUAAUUUUUGCAUGUGUUUGUAGAGCUUGGGGUUGGAGUCCCUCCAGGAGGGGCUGGGACAGUGUUAUUAAUGUGGUUGGUAACUCAUGUUGUAAAUACUUUCGUUUGGGAAAACUUUUAGCAUUUUCAUUGAUGACUAGAUUUUUUUUAAAAAAGCCUCUACUUUUUGGAAUGUGGUUUUUCAUUUUUACAAUGCCUUUGAAUUGUAAUAUUUGUAUGUUCUGUCUUAUGCUGUAAAUAACAGUGCCAGGUGUUUCUGCUAUGGGGGAAUUAAGGACUAGUUCUGUGGCUAGGAUACAGCUUUAGCUCAAACAUGCUUCAAGGUACAAUGCCUUGCCUCGGCAAAGUCAGUUGAAGGAUGCAAGGAAGUACCUGGGCAGCUCUGAGCUGUGGGGGUUGUAAUGUGCAGCCUUUCACAGAAUUACUUCUUGCUGUGAAGCAGAGGAAACAGUCUCCAAAAGUUCUGAGCGUCACUCAGCUGGGGACCUCGGGGGCCACCCCAUUCUGAAAAUUGUUUGACAUCUGGCUACCACCUCUUCCUAUACCUUUGGUUACAUCUGCUAUGUCCUGUUUCCCAGGACAGAAGGGUCUGUGUGUCUGUAGUAGAAAGCUAUGAUUUCACUGAAUUCCCAUUCUUCUCACUUGAUUAUGUUUCCUCCCUGUGCUUGUGUAUGUGAGAGGAGAGCUGCCCUCUGGGAACUGCUGUCCUUACAGCCCUUCCAUGUGGGACUAAUGAGCUGGCUCACAGAGGGCAGAGCUCUGUCUCUGCUUCACCCACAGCAUUGCAGCCUUUUCCCUGGUCACCCUCAUGGCAGCACUAGUGUCUGUGAUCACUCAGCCCCAUGCAAAAUGUCUGCUUUUGUGGGAAGCUCAGGGCCAGGGAAAGGAAUGGGAGUGCUCUAGCCAAAGAUCUGUUGGCUGCUGCCUACUGUUCCCUGUAUCUUCUCUCAAUGGCCCUCAGGUUUCCAAGGUUGGGUUCUUUGCUCUCCCCUUCCUCUAGCGUAGCCCCAUGUUCACAUGAAGAACAGUUCUUCUGCUUCUGAUGGCGGGGCUUUCUAAUUUGCUCCAUACUUCAUCUGUAUCAUGUGCCUCCUUGUUGUAUUUUAGAAAAUAAAGGGACUAUGAACCCUCAACUCAA